CUUUCUUUAUAUAGAUUAUCUGCUUGAAGCAUAUGUUCAUAGACCAAUUUUCUGUUGAAACUUAAAGAGGGAUAAAAUAUGUUUUUGUUCCAAAAAGCCUUUCUUUUUCUAUUAUUUGUAGGCUGUGUGCUUAUUGGCUCCAUUAAUUCCCAGCCAACUUAUAAUUACAAGUUUUGUGAAGAUCCAUCUAACCAAACCCUCGUCACUUCUUUCCAAUCAAGCCUCACAGCCCUGUUGGAUUCUUUAUCCACUAAAGCUUCCGAAAACAACAGCUUCUACAACGAUACCUCUAAUGGCAUCUAUGGCCUCUUCCUCUGCCGUGGUGAUGUUAACACUAGUACCUGCCAAAGCUGCGUCAGCUCUGCUGGUCAACAGAUCAGAAGUCUGUGUCUAUCUAAUAGAACUGCCAUCAUCUGGUUCGAUGAAUGCAUGUUAAGGUACUCCGAUACUAAUUUCUUUGGAGUGCAACAGAUGUUGCCAGGGGUGUUCAUGUGGAAUGUCGGGAAUAGAACUUCACCUGAUGAACCUAAUUUUGGAGGACUAUCUCUAAUGUACGGACUAAUAGAAGAAGCUGGAAUAGAUCAUAUGUUGUUCAAGGCAGGUAUCAGGACUGCGGGUAAUGGGUCUCAGAAUGGAUAUGGGUUGGUUCAGUGUACUAGAGAUAUCGAUCCUGCUUCAUGCAAGGAUUGUUUGUCACAGUUGAUGACUGAUGCCAAUGGGUGUUGCGAAAAGAAGAAAGGGUGGCGCGUUUUGGCCCCAAGUUGCAAUAUAAGGUAUGAGAACUACUCAUUCUUUCAGCAAGUACCACCUACGCCGUCACCGCUCCAACCUGUGCCCGAAGCACCACAGCCACUUCCCGAUAAUGGAGGAGGGGGAGGAAAGAAUACAACAAAGAUCGUAGUCAUUACCGUAACAUCAAUUGCAGUAGUUGCGGCCCUCUUGGGUUUCUGGUAUUAUUCAUCCUUUUGCAGGAGGAAAAGAAACGAAGAAGAAGAAAUUAUGUUAGGAAACGGGGAAGCUUUACCAUCAAUAUACUUCAUGGGCGGAAGUAUCCAUGCCAGGGAUCAAGACAACAGUACUGGAGAAAUGCAUUACUUCGAUUUAAGUACCAUGCAGGCUGCUACAAAUAAUUUUUCUGAUGCAAAUAAGCUUGGAGAAGGCGGUUUCGGCCCAGUUUACAAGGGAAAGCUGAUUAAUGGAAACGAAAUAGCAGUUAAAAGGCUUUCAAUGAAAUCUAAACAAGGUCUUGAAGAGUUCAAGAAUGAAGUGUUGUUAAUUGUCAAACUUCAACACAAACAUCUAGUGAGGCUCUUGGGAUGCUGCUUGGAAGGAGGUGAAAAGCUUCUAGUCUAUGAGUACAUGGCCAACACUAGUCUUGAUGCCUUCCUGUUUGAUCCAAAAAAAAGUGCAUCACUAGAUUGGACUAAGCGCAAAAACAUUCUCAAUGGGAUCGCUAGGGGCCUUCUAUAUCUACAUGAAGACUCCCGGCUCAAAAUCAUCCAUAGAGAUAUGAAAGCAAGCAAUGUAUUGUUAGAUGAUGAGAUGAAUCCAAAGAUAUCUGAUUUUGGUACUGCUAGGAUUUUCGAUGGUGAUCAAGUAGAAGCAAACACGAACAGAGUUGUGGGCACAUAUGGAUACAUGGCACCAGAAUAUGCAAUGGAGGGGCUAUUUUCAGUAAAGUCCGAUGUCUACAGCUUUGGAGUUUUAAUGCUAGAAAUCAUAAGUGGGAAAAAGAACAUGGGCUUCUAUCAUCCAGAGCAUGCAAAAAGCCUUCUCCCACAUGCAUGGCGAGUAUGGAAUGAAGGUAAAGGACAGGAGUUGAUAGAUCAGAAUUUAGUCGACACUUUUCCUGGAAGCGAGGCUCUGAGAUUGAUCCAUAUCGCAUUGUUGUGUGUUCAGGAAGAUCCCAAUGAAAGACCUACAAUGUCAUUGGUCGUCCUCAUGCUUGGAAGCAGCUCGAUAAACCUUCCUCGGCCAUUAGCACCUCCAUUCUCUUUAGGGAGAUCUAUCUUAUCUGAUCAAUCUUCAACAACUGGGGCCAUGAUAGCAUUUUCCGCAUCUGAUCAAUCUUCAACAAGUGCUUCCACCUAGUCAAGAGAUUAACUGGAGUAUGCUGUUCGAUCCACUUAAAAAGAUGAAUUUUCCAUCUUGAAAACACAAUUUCGUUACUGGAAGCUUCUCCUAUCUGGGGAUUCAUCAUUUUCAUGCAAAUACUUGUUUAAAGAGUUUGUAAAAUUAGAAUAAUUAUGUUUAUAGUUUGGGAAUAUUUUAAAAUGAAAGGUAUUUAA